AUGUUUAAAAAACAAACCUUGUGCUGCUUGCUCUUGUUAGCAACACUCUUCUUGCUCUCAACCUUCCUUUCAACUCCAAUUAAUUGUCAAGAACAGAGUGAUGAUAACUCCUCCGAAUCACCAUUCUCCAAUCAAUAUGAUUACUAUCAAGUUUUGGGAAUUUCACAAAAUGCAACCACACAAGAAAUCAAGGCUGCCUAUAGAAAGCUCGUCAUGAAGUAUCAUCCAGACAAACACAGAAACAAAUCAAUGGAAGAACAGGAAAAGAUAAAUCAAACUUAUCAGAAAAUUGCUCAAGCCUACGAAGUACUUUCAAAUCCAGAGCAAAGACAGCAAUAUGAUGCAUUCAAGGAUUUUGCAGAGUCAAUUGGAUUGGAUGAAGCUUUCAUUGAAAUGUUGGUCUAUCUUUUGAUUGGAAGUGGAUACUUAUUGUUGGCUGUCAUUGUUUUAAUUUUGAUUAUUAUUGUAUUGCUUGUUUCGAUUAGUUGUUAUUGCAUUUGUAAAUGUUGUUGCUGUAGAAGUAGUGGCAGUAGUGAAAAAUCCAAGAGUGAAAAGAAACAUUCAAAGAAGGAAAAACAACAUUAA